AUGGACAGCAUAACUGAAUACCCAAUAAAGAAAAACAUAUUCGCCAUUCAAUAUGAAUUGACUGUCAAUUCUGGUGAAGAUAUCUCUGACCCUAAAGGUUCGGCUGAAGAGCUGAAAGUUAACACCAAAUUAGGCAACAUUUGUAUCCCAAAAAAUAGUGAAAUCUGGAUUCCUGUCAGCGCUGUUCAUAGAGAUCCCGAUUAUUAUUCAAAUGCUGAAGUAUUCAAACCGGAGAGGUUUCUGGUGAAGAGCAGGUCUAAGGUGAUAGAGGGCUCGUAUGUGGCCUUUGGUGGUGACGGAGCUCGAGGUUGUAUCGCACAGUCAGUGGCGUUACUCGAGAUAAAGUUGUGCUUAAUUAGCCUUUUGAAGAAUUAUAGAUUUGCCAAAUGUGGUCUCACCAAAGAAUUGCAAUACGAGUCGAGCAAUGAAAUGUUUGCUUCAAUGACUCCGACGAAUGUUUUCGUGAAAAUCAUCAAAAGAAGUAAAGGUAUUCUCGAAUGAAUUCUUAAUAGUCUAGUCGUAAACACAUUCAACACUAAUGACCA